CAAAAUUGAUAAAAUUCAUUUUUUUUUUUUAAAAACAAACUAUCGAAUCGAAUAUGAAUCUUAUUCAUACAAUAUCGAAGGAAUUUGCGGUUUUUUACUUCCCUUUUAGAUUUGAAAAUGGACAAUUUCCAAAUCUAAAAGGGAAGUAAAAAGGAUGGGUUAUUAUGUAUCGAUUGAAUCAAAAACUAUUCACAAUUCCAUAAUUGAAUCAAUUCAAUUACAUACUGGAUCCAAAUAAAACUUGGUUCGAAACGAUAAAAGCAACGUGCGGCUUGAAAGACAUAAUUAGAUUAGCUGUGGAUUCUUCUAUCCACUAUUUUUUCUAGUAUAUGGAAAUGGGAGUGCUCUUGGCUCGACAUCGUUUGUUUUGUUCCACUGGAACUGGGUGUUUGGGGAACAGGAGAGGGGUUGAUGAUCUAAAUAAUACACGAUGGAGUUCGAGUUGAUUUUUGUUUUCUCAGGGGCAAGUAUGGAAGGGUAGCGAAAAUUAAUAAAAUAAAUUAGAACAACUUAUUAAGUAUCUUUUUUAUAGAGAAAGCGAAAAGAUAAAAUUUGAGCAAGGUAAACAAUAGUAAAUUUUGUUGGAAUUGAUAAAAAAAACUAUUGCAAGCAAAAGUGUAUUCCGGGAUACAAUCCUGAAUUUGUAUAAUUCAAAGAAAAAAAAAAAGAAAUGGUUGGUAUGUUGCUGUUUUUUUUGAAACGAUUUAAGAUCCCUUAAGUAAUGUCUAAACCUAAUGAUUCAAGGAAAAGCUAAAAGAUCCUGGACCAAGUAAAUACCAAUUCAAAAUUGUCGCAAUAAUUCUAUUACCCCAAUAAUUCUAUUACUUCUAUUAAAUACAAUGAAGAGAAAAGGAUUAGAUUAGAAGAAAAAAGAGGGGGCAAUAAAAGAGGGGUACUAGAAUUGAUGAAAAGGAAUUCCAGCACAUAUAGUGACAUACAUAGUGAAAUAAUACUAUGUGUUCUCACCAAAAAGAAUGAUUCUUUUUUAUAUCCACUCGCUCCUUAUUAACUUAUUACUAGUUACCAAUCCUAGUGAUUGGAUUUAUAUAUAUUAGUAAAAAAAUGUGAUAGAAUAUUUUGAAUAUUCUAUAUUUAUGUUUAAUGAUUUUUCUUCGAAUGACUAUUCAUCUAUUGUAUAUUAAUGGUAAUAGAGGAAAAACUCUAUGGAAAAAGGGUGGUUCAAUUCUAUGCUGUUUUAUAGGCAGUUAGAAUACAGGUGUGGGCUAAGUAACUCAAUGGAUAGUUUUGGUCCUGUUGAAAAUACCAGUGCAAGUGAAGACCCAAUUUUGAUUGAUAUGGAAAAAGACUUUCCUAGCUGGAAUGAUAGUGACAAUUCUAGUUACAGUAAUGUUGAUUAUUUAGUCGGUGUCAGGAACAUUAGAAAUUUCCUAUCUGAUAAAAUUCUUUUAGUUAGGGAUAACAAUAGCCAAAGGAACCGUUAUUCCAUAUAUUUUGAUAUUGAAAAUCAAUUUUUGGAGAUUUCUAAUGAUCCUUCUUUUCUAAGUGAACCAGAAAGUCUUUUUGAUAGUUAUAAUAAGAAUUCUAGCUAUCUGAAUAAUGUCUCUAAGAGACAUGAGAAUCAUUACAUGUAUGAUACUAAAUCGAGUUGGAAAAAUGGCAUUCAUAAUUGCAUUGAAAGUUAUCUUCGUUCUCAAAUCUGUAUUGUUAGUCACAUUUUAGGUGAAAGUGAUAAAUACAAUGACAGUUACUUUUAUACUUCUAUUUGUGGUAAGGGCGGAAAUAGUAGUGAAAGCGAGGGUUCUUCCAUAAAAACAACUAUCACGAAUGAGAAUUUAACUAAAAGAGAGGAUUCUAAAGAUCUCGAUGAAACUCAAAAAUACAAGCAUUUAUGGAUUGAAUGCGAAAAUUGUUAUGGAUUAAAUUAUAGGAAAUUUUUUAAAUCAAAAAUGAAUAUUUGUGAACACUGUGGAUAUCAUUUGAAAAUGAGCAGUUCAGAUAGAAUCGAACUUUCGAUUGAUCCAGGUACUUGGAAUCCUAUGGAUGAAGACAUGGUCUCUAUGGAUCCCAUUGAAUUUCAUUCGGAAGAGGAAUCCGAAUCCUAUAAGAAUCGUAUGGACUCUUAUCAAAGAAAGACAGGAUUAACUGAGGCUGUUCAAACAGGCACAGGUCAACUAAACGGGAUUCCUGUAGCAAUUGGGAUCAUGGAUUUUCAGUUUAUGGGGGGUAGUAUGGGAUCUGUAGUAGGCGAGAAAAUAACCCGUUUGGUCGAACAUGCUGGCAAUCAACUUUUACCUCUUAUUCUAGUAUGUGCGUCCGGAGGAGCACGUAUGCAAGAAGGAAGUCUGAGCUUGAUGCAAAUGGCUAAAAUAUCUUCUGCUUUAUAUGAGUAUCAAAAAAAUAAAAGGUUAUUCUAUGUAUCCAUCCUUACAUCUCCUACUACUGGUGGGGUGACCGCCAGUUUCGGCAUGUUGGGCGAUAUCAUUAUUGCCGAACCCGAUGCUUACAUUGCAUUUGCGGGUAAAAGAGUAAUUGAACAAACGUUGAAUACGACAAUACCCGAAGGUUCACAAGUAGCUGAAUAUUUAUUCCAAAAGGGCUUAUUUGAUUCAAUCGUACCGCGUAAUCCUUUAAAAGGGGUUUUAAGUGAGUUAUUUCAGCUCCAUGCUUUCUUCCCUUUGUGAAAAAUUUAGCAGAACUUAAAAGAUUUUUUUUCUUUUUCCAAAUAAAAAAAUUUAAAAGUGUAUUAUCAUACCUAUGUUCCUUGCGGAAAUAGAAGGCGAAAUCAAUCCAUUUUUUUAGUUCUACGUUUUACAUUCAUUCUUUCUAUUUUUUAUUAUUUUAAUAAUAUAUUAUUAUAUAUAGAAUUAGAUUCUAUUUUAUACUCCUCAAUAUACUCUUUUCUACUCAUCCUAUUCCUAUUAACUGAAUAUAUAUAUUCAGUUAAUAGGAAUAGGAUGAGUAGAAUCCAUAAAAAAUACUUAUCGAAAAAAGUGAUCCAUUGAGUCAUACUAAGUAUAUUUGAAUUCUAUUGAUUAUAGACUAUCUUUAUAACAAUAUAAGAAAAAAAUGCGAUAUAUAAAUUCAAUAUUCUAUAAUUAAUAAUUAUAUAUAGCAGGUACAAAUAUUAAAUCGAGGUACCCAUUCUAUGAUAAACUUACCUUCCAUUUUUGUGCCUUUAGUGGGCCUAGUAUUUCCGGCACUUGCAAUGGCUUCUUUAUUUCUUUAUGUUCAAAAGAACAAGAUCUUUUAGAUACGGACAAUAGGCACAAAUCAAGUAUAUUUUUUUAGAUCAGGGAGCAACUUGAUGAAUAAUCACUCCUAAAGGUUUACACCAUAAUAGUGCUAGUUGAUGAGAGUUACUUCGGAAACAAAGAAGAAUCAAGUCAAAU